AGAUGGUUUGAUCUGAUUGGCUAAGCUAUUUAUUUACUCUGUGCGCGAGUACACAGAAUCAUAUUGGUUAUCGAAGUCUAGCGCCGGCCCUCCUCUAAAUCCCUUCUUCGCUUUGCUUCUCUGUAUCUCAAGUGAGUCCAUCACAUCUAGGUUUUCCAGAGAAGUUAAAUUCACUCGCCAAUAUGCAGAACGACGAAGGUGUUAUCACAGAGCUCUACAUUCCCAGGAAAUGCUCUGCAACCAACAGGCUGAUCACUUCAAAGGAUCAUGCAUCUGUUCAGAUUAACAUUGGACAUUUAGAUGAGAAUGGUGUCUACACUGGCCAGUUCUCUACCUUUGCUCUUUGUGGUUUCAUUCGUGCUCAGGGAGAUGCUGACAGCGGUAUCGACAGGCUCUGGCAGAAGAAGAAGGUUGAAGUUAAACAACAGUAGAAAGUAUCAUCAAAUAUGUUGUAGCAGAAUGAAUCAGAACCACAUCUCUUUUUCCCUGUCUUUUGAAUGAUAAACCAUGAAAAUUGACAUUUUUUUAGUUGGAGACUUUAGUUUUUGGUGAUAUUAUGUAGUUGGGAUUGAUUUUUAAGUGUUAUUCAAAUUUAUAUGCCUCUUAAUCAUGCA